AAUGAUUGACCACAAUAAAGAAAGUGAGUGAGAUAAUUGAGUAUAAAUAAUCUGGACAUAGCAGAACAUUGUGAACUUGGACGUUUGAAAGAUUAUUUGAGUGCGUCGUACAAAAAUUGACAAUCAUAGUUCCUAUAAAUUGUAAAUAGAUCGGGGUAUGGAUUUUAAAAAUGUUUACAAAGAUGACCAAAUCUAACAAAUUAUUUAUAUCUAUAUUAUUAUUGUCAUCUUUUUAUCAGUUAUUUUGUUAUUCACGUGAAAUACCAGUUACAUGGAUUCAAUAUCGAGAUCAAAUAGCUACAAGACGUCAAGAUCACGAUCUUUUACCAUCGGCAUCUCAUCACGAGCAUAAAUUUUCCAGUGGUAAAGGUGAAGAGCAUCAUGCAGAUCAUCAUGACGAACAUGGCGAGAAAGAUAGUAAAGAAUUUCAUAGCCAUCAUCAUCAUGGUGAUGGUGAAAAAGGCGAUCAUAAAAAAGAAGAUUAUGAAGAUUUUCUCAAGAAACAUGGCGGACAUGAAAAGAAACAUCACGAUGAGGCAGAAGAAUAUGAACAUGGGCAUAAACAUGAAAAAAAUCACAAACAAGGAAAAUUUGGUGAAAAAAAAGGACAUAAAAAGGGGCACAAAGUAAAAGGGUAUCAUAACAAAUUCCAGAAAGAUGAGUAUCACAAAGAACAUAAAUUUUAUGAUGAUGAACAUAAAGGCGGCCAUCACGACAAGCAUGGUCAUUUCGAAGGGCAUCAUAAAAAGGCACAUGGAGAACAUAAAAAAGGAGAUAAUCAUCAUUCAAGUUAUCAUGACAAGCAUCAUGAUAAGAAAGGCCACUCAGCUAAAGGUCACCAUGAUAAACAACAUAAAGGACAUUCUGGUGAAAAUGGACACGAAGAGCAUCAUUCUCAUCAUUUGCAUCAUGGUAAAAAAGGUGGUGAUUAUAAAAAAAAGAAGUAUGAACACAAAAAAGGUAACAGCAAAAAACACUAAAUAACUAAAAUCUGUUCAACAAAAUCUAGUGAAAUAUUUCAUACAAAAAUUCUUCGCUGUUUCUUUAUGUAACCGAUGUGAUCAAUCAUAUGAUACUGUAUGUACUUAGAUACGUGAAUUAAUCAUCGGUAUUUUUAAUUAAAGUUUUUGUUAAUGAAAAAUAUAACUUUUGUUUAUACUAUUGCUAGGUAAAUAGGAAAUUUUAUUUGCUAUAUUUUCACUAACGAAACUUAACGGUUUAAAUAUGCUGUUCACAAAAAUUUUCGAGAACGAAAUAAUUCAUGUAAUUACUGGAUAAUGUUUAAAAUGUAAUUUAAAAACUUAAAAUCUUUAAUUUACAAAAUUUUAAUCUGAUAAAACUUUGAAUCUUAACAUUUUCUUAAUUCAAUAUUUAAAUAACUAGAGACAGAGUAAAUUUACUAUGAUUAAUAAUUAAUUUUUUAACUAUUUA